AUGGGACCAUCCUACUUCGUGGCAUCGUGGAUCAUCUUAUGGAGUGGAGGCAUCAUGGCAGCCAUGGAACCAGUGGCCGCGACCCAGGCAGACUUUGUGCCGCCACCGCAUGCUUGGCCUCCUGCCUAUGGCCAUGCUCAAGCUUCGGCCCCAGCGACAGCUCCCGCUUCUUCCCAACAAGCCAGCGACUUCAAAACGCUGAUCGAUGCUUUGAAGACUUGCCCAGAUUUUGGUCAAGCUCCGGUAGCUGUGCGAGAGAUUGUGGCCAAGUACGACAAACAAAAGCACAAGCUCACCACCAAAGAGCUCCACAAGUCGGCAUCAGCUCUUGGUGGGGCUCGGAAGAGGUUGGCUCAGGUCCAGGAGGGCAGGGCUCAGCACAUGGAGGCUUGGAAAGACUACCUCGAAAAGUCCACCGAGCGUUUCAAAGAGAAUAUAGCCAUCUUCAAGUCCACCAUGCAGCAGUUUGCGGAAGCCGAGAUGAGCUGCCUUGCCGAGAUACACCAAGCCAGACAGGCCAUCGAAGAGCUGAUGGAGUCCGACCGCGGGGGUAUGCCCAGCGAAUUGUCCCCUGCAGCGCUUCAGGCAUACGAAGAUAUGAAGGCAGAGAUGGAAGAAGAUGCGGACGAAGAAGAAGCAGCAGAUACGCCAAGGACAAAGAGCGUCAAGAGACCAGAAAUUGCCUACCAGGAUUUGGAUGUGACAGUUGGCACAAUGCAGAAGGCUUUGAUGGAUUGCAUGGAGUUACUCAAAGAAGCACCGAUGCAGAAGCGCCAAAAGACUCAAAACAACGAGUCCAAGGCAGUUUUUGGAUAG